CUCUUUUCUGUUUAUUCUUUUUUUUUCUUCUUUUUCUUCUUUUGUGACAUGACUUUACCUUUUCCUUUAAUUCUUGACGGUGGAUUCGCGACCGAAUUAGAGCGUCAAUUUGGCAAAGAUCUUAGAGGCAGACUAUGGUCAGCAAAAUGUUUAGAUGAAGAUCCUGAAGCCAUCAAAGCUGUGCAUAUAUCUUAUUUUGAAGCUGGAGCCAAUGUAGCAACUACUUGUAGUUAUCAAGCAACAAUUGAAGGAUUUUUGGAGGAAGGCUUUAGUCAAGAGGAAGCUGUUGGUUUGAUGAAGAAAAGCGUCCAGUUAGCACGUGAAGCUCGAGAUGCCUAUAAGCAUAAACAUCCUGAUGAUACUGAAUCAAGACUGAUCGCGUUAUCCAUGGGAUGUUAUGGUGCAAAGUUGGCAAAUGGUGCUGAAUACACUGGUGACUAUGGGAAUAUUACUAAACAAGAUCUUAUUCAUUUCCACAAAGAUAGAUUACUUUUAUUCUUACAAGAGCCUGGUAUUGAUUUAAUUUUGUUUGAAACGAUUCCAUCAGCCUUGGAAGCAGAAGCUAUAAAAGAGUUAAUCAAGACUUGGAAGGAUGAAACAUUACCACCAAUAGGUAUCGCAUUCUCAUGUAAAUCGGAUUCUCAGAUAUCGGAUGGAACAAACCUUGAAGAAUGUAUUGGAUACUAUGAUAAUCUGGAGCAAGUGGUAGCUAUUGGAGUGAACUGUACCAGUUUGAAAUACAUAACAAGCUUAGUAACGAUAUUAGCAGACAAGCAACGACAAACGAACAAGGCAGUACUGGUUUAUCCUAAUAGCGGAGCGAUCUGGGAUGCAGAAGAACGAAGAUGGGUGUCUGAUUCCAAAUUAUCUAUGGAAAUGUUUUAUGAAUCGAUGGCAAACGCUGUGGAGAAGUGUGGUACAAAAGUGAUGAUUGGUGGUUGUUGUGGUACUCAAGUCAAUCAUAUUCAAUAUCUUCGGGAAAAAUUAUUUAUUUGAUAUUAGAAUAGAUUAUUAUAUUUUAUUAUGAAAAUAAAACUUAUUGAUUUACAUAUCUUU